UUCAUUCAUAUGGCUAGUAAACUUCCGAAAAUUGCUUCUUCAAAUAUUAAAAAUCAAGAGUCAACUCCAUUUUUUGCUUGGAUUCGUGAUUAUUUUCUUGGUGUUAAACGUCUGCCCAUAACUCCACCUCCUGGUUUGCCCACUGAAGAUGGAGAGGCUCAUUAUCAACCACAUACUCGAUUUCCAAAUACCCAAUCUUCUCGAAGUGUUGAACCUGCUUCUACAGAGGAAGGAAUUGUUCGGAAAAUAGCUGAUAAUUAUUAUCUCUCUAGGGAUGCUCGUAGGGCUGUUAUGCCUCCUCGAUCUAUUUUAGAAGUGGAUCCUAAGAAAAUUGCUGGUCAACCUGAGGCGGAUGGAUCAAUUUCUGACGAUGUUCCUGGCAAAAAUGUUGGCCCAAAACAAAAUUAUGGAUUUAAUCCUAAAAUUCCAACUCCUGGAUUUGGCUAUGAAUGGGUAAGAAGUAUCGAAAAUGAAGAAUUUACUCAACAAAAAGAUCCAGAUUUGGCUAAAGCUCAAAAGUUUGAUAAAUAUUUGAAGGCUUAG